AUGACAUCCCAUAUACCACUGAUCGAGAAGAUUAUGACCUUCCAAAUUGUGUUCUGUCUGCAAGUAGCGAGGUACCCAUCUUCGCGGACCCUUGUCUCCAGGGCCAAGCCGGGAGGCGCACAGCGUCAAGCCCCCCCGCCGACGAGGCUCAUCACCAACAAACCCCCCGGCCAUUUGCUAUGGCACAAAAUAGGGAAGGACGACGAUAACGUCCAAGGCAGACACAUCCGUAACAAUACUUGCACAUGUGGCAAGCAGUCAAGACGUGCGGACAGCCGCGCUUCUGGCUUUGGCUUCGCCUCGUAUUUCGAUUUUGACCCUGACCGCUGGGCAAUCUCUCAUCCAAAUCAUAACGAUAUGAAGCCCGAGAGAAUCCCGGACGAGCCGCGCGAUCACCUCUCCGGCUACAACGGGCAUGAUGCCGUAUCCAUCCAAAGCUCCCCGAACAGAAAAGAGCUCAGUCGCCUCGACAGUAAUUGGCGAGCGCUUUUGAAUCGAAACCAGCCUGAACAAAAUCCACUUGCGUUUGUUCCUGCGAAAAGGAGGUUCGAAUUCGGGACCAUACUUUUGAACAGACAUUUCGAAUGA